GGAUCUGGUGUUUGUUGCUGGGGCUGACAAGCGAGUGCUCAGGGGAGGCGUGCGGCUGGGCAUUGGGAUGGCUGUGAUGAUCAGGGGAGUCUGAGCCGGGCGGCCCCGCUCGCCGCCAUGCUGCGCGCGCCCCCCGCCAUGAUCCAGCCGCCACUGGACAUCAAGCACUUCCUGCCCUUCCCCAUGGAGGCGCAGCCAGCCGUGGGCCUGUUCCCAGGAUUCAGCACGAUGGAUCCGGUGCAGAAGGCGGUGAUUAACCACACCUUCGGGGCGCCCCUCAGCAAGGCCCGGCGCCCCGUCAUCUCCUGCAACGUCUGCCAGAUCCGCUUCAACUCGGAGAGCCAGGCCGAGGCGCACUACAAGGGGAACCGACACGCCCGGCGCGUCAAGGGCAUGGAGGCAGCCAAGACACGGCAGAAGGAGUCGGGGCCCCGCGAAGGCGACAAGCCGGGGCCCGUGGGCAGCCCCAUGUCCAGCGUCAGCGAGAGCGACUCGGACAAGCCAGCCGAGCAGCAGAACGGGCUGGGGGGGGCAGUGCCCUCUGCGCCCACCUCACCCUUCAAGCCGCCCUACCUGGCAUCUCCGGUCCCAGCCGUGCCACCCAACCAGGCCUCCUUUGCCGAAGCGAGCCAGGAGCCCAGGGCCACGCUGGCCAUGGGGGACAUGGCGUCAGUGCCCGCUGGCACCUCUGUGCCUAGCAGCAAUGGCAGCGUGGGGCCAGGGGCGACCUCCAAGUCAGACGAGGAGAAGGCCAAGAAGCUGCUGUACUGCGCCCUCUGCAAGGUGGCCGUGAACUCCCUGUCGCAGCUGGAGGCCCACAACAAAGGUACCAAGCACAAAACCAUCCUGGAGGCGCGCAGCGGGCUGGGGCCCAUCAAGGCGUACCCACGGCUGGGCCCCACGGCCAGCGGGGAGCCAGGCAGCCAGGACCCCAAUGCUCAGGAGCGCACCUUCCACUGUGAGAUCUGCAACGUCAAGGUCAACUCAGAGAUCCAGCUCAAACAGCACAUUUCCAGCCGGAGACACCGGGACGGGGUAGCCGGGAAGCCCAACCCCCUGCUGAGCCGGCACAAGAAGCAGCGCAGCUCAGCCGAGCUGGGGAGCCCCCUGGCCUUCCCCAAGGACCUGCCCAAGUCGCUGGCGGCCGGACUCCUGCCCAGCCCCUUGGCCAUGGCAGCAGCGAUGGCAGCUGCAGCCUCCGCCCCCCUGACGCUGCGCCCAACGGCCCCACUCCUGCAGGGGCCUCCCCUGACGCACCCGCUGCUGCGUCCGGCCCCGGGGCCCAUCAGAACUGCUCAUGGGCCCAUCCUUUUCUCGCCGUACUGACGCCCGCUGCUGUGCCCCUCGACGCCCACCUCUGCUGGACCCGCCCGGCGCCCACCCGAGCUCCUGGGUUCUGGGCGGGGGCUGGGCGGGGCUUGGGGCCUUUCGUUUCUGGCUUUUUAACUGGAAUUCAGAUCCUUUUUCCCCAGAAGAAAAGGGACAAGCCCAUCCCC